UUUCCACAUGGGAUAAGAAAAGGGGUUGAUGUCUCCAAAGAAAUACCUUGCAAUGAAAACAUAGAAGAUUUCUGCAAUGCUAGUGGCAGUACCACUUUCCAGCCAAUAAAAAGCCAGGUUACCAUUCCCACAGCUCAUGUUGUGCCUUCUACAUUGGCAGCGUCCUCCAGUAAUACACAUAUGCAAAACGGAGCCCCACUUUCUGCAGAAGCUGCUUUUUCUGUUUUCCCAACACUACCUACAUUAGACCCUUCCACCGCAGAUGACACCAGAAAGUUUGAAAUGCCUAAUAUUGAACCUACACUGAACCAGUCGGGUCUAUUGAACACUUUUUGCAGUGAUAUGAAAUGUGAAAUCCCUGCAGUAGCUCCUAGCACAAUGGUUACGCAUUACAAAGCUCUACCUGAGAGGAAAGAGACUGGAGGAGUUGAGCACAUUAUCAGAGCUGGGUUCUCAGGAGCCACACAUCAAGGAUAUGGGAUAGAUUCAUUCAAACAGCAUCCUGUGGGUGAAUACAGUGCUUGGAGACAGCAACAAAAUCAAUAUACAGACAAUCUAAGAAUGAACAUGGAAAAACUACAGCUCAUGAGAGAUUACUCCACAAAGUUU